CACCAAAUAGGAAUUAAAGAGAGGUUCAACGUCGGUUAAAUCCGUUUUGUUGAUAUUAAAGUGACCUGUACGCGUAUCUUCUCGUUUCUCUUACCACUUACUUUUACAACGCCUACACUUAUACUUCCAACUUCCAAAUGAGCUACAGAAAUACGCAUUACCCAGGAAUGAGCAAAUUCCGUAUAACUCAGGACGCUUCUCAGCCAACGUCGCAACCACUGACCCCUGAGCCCAUUUCCGAGAUCCUCCCGGUCUCCAACGUUGCGCAAAGCAUUGAGCAGCCAGGCAGCGAUGAAAUUGUCGAUGCCUUUGAAAACCACCUGGCCGAGGGAACAGACAGCGUGGAUGACACCGAAGAUCACAACUCGGGUGAUGAGCAGCAUAAAAAUGAGCCUGAGCUGCAAACAGUGUCAUCGCCAGCAUCGCCAGGGACUGCUCCUUCUUCUCAACCGGCAGCAACACCCCCUCGUUCUCGUCGCGCAGUUCGUGGAAUCGGCCCUGGUUGGUGUAAUGUCCUUGACUUAGACCAGGUGCAGGCAGUAUUGGACAACAACAACGACGACUUCCGCGACAUCAUUAACAUUGCAAGGAGCGCGUUCGUGAGCGAUUUUGCUUCCGUGCUAGAAGAAGACAGAAUCAAGAGAAAGCGAGACCAGGAAGAAGUUGAAGAAGAAAGGCGACGCUACUACUCGCGUCGCCGCAUUGAGGCAGAGGCUGCCCACGAUCAACGACAUGCAGAAAGUAUGCAUGUGCUGGGGCGUCUCGCUUCCGUCAGCGAAGCGAUUCUAGCAGUGCUCAAUAAAAAUGAAGAGCAAAUCGAUGAGCAAGACAGCAGCAACAACAACGAAUAAAGUUGUUAAAUUUUCCAUCGGUUCCAACUUCCAAUAUAUGAGUAUCUUGUGGUUCAUAAUCUCUUCUUUUUCUUCUG